GGCGUGACGCGCCUUAACCGCAUCUUCAGGAUGGCAUUGGCAGGGCCCCUUGAACUGCCCUAAUGGCACAGUGUAGUGGUCUUGGCCCUUUGAGGACAUGGACCCCAACACCUGAGUGGUACCCUGAUGGACCUUGGAGCCAUGGUCUUCAGGCAUACACUCCCCACACAAUUGCUGCUCAUGGGCCUGGUGGUCCACAUGCUGACAGCAGACAUAUCCUUUCAAGAUGGACACAACACAAACAGGACAGCAGAGUCUUCAUUGCCAUCUUCUUCUCAGUCUCUGAGACAACAGUUUGCUAGUCCUGUCACUGACCAUGGGUACUACGGCAGCAUGGGCAGCACAAGCUCAGCUGAAGACUCAGAGACUGGAGCACAAGGCAUUCAUCUCCUGCUCAGACCACCAGACUUGCUGUCUCCCAGUCUACCCCCACCACUGCCACCCCACAGCCAGCCCACCAUAACCCCUCCCCACCCAUCACUUGAGCAGGGUCCCUCACUGGAGGAGACCUGGGGCUCGGGAGAUUACGUGGAAACUCUGUCCUUUAUGGUGCCUGAUGGGGAUGAGCUGGCCCUGGCAACUCCCUUGCCCAGUCAGCCUUAUGAUGAUGAUGAUGACGAUGGUGAUCACUGGGUCACCUACAACACAGCAUUCCCCAGUAGGCCCACAUUGCCUCUUGUCUCUCGCCUAUCUCCAUCCCUUUCUACUCCCACCAUAGGACUACAUGCAAAACCUGUCCAGCCAGACCUGUUCCCCACCUGGGAUGAGGACUAUGAUCCAGAAGACAUGAUGCCUCUGGAGCCCACUGAGCUGUUGCUCCCUGAUAUGAACAGUUUGGAGUAUUACACGAACCUGCUUGCCCGAGAGCGGGAGCGAGAGAGAGAAUGGGAGAGAGAGCGCACUGCAACAAAACCAUCUAUAUCUCCCACAGCUACACAAUCUCCAUCACACCUUCUCCCCACUCCAUCACCCAGCUCAUCUGUGAGUCCUGAGGUCAGCAGACCUACACCCCCUCUGACCCUCGCACCAACAGUAACAAGCAAAAUCAAGCCUCCUGUUGAACCUACUCCUCCACCUAAGAUCAAAGAUUUUACUCCCAUAUUGGGAAAACCCUCACUCCCUCCACCAUCAAACACUACAGGCCGACUGACUCCCUCUCCCCCUGAAAGCCCACCAUCCCAUCCCAAGCAAGAAAGGCCUCCAGUAAUCACAGAAAAACCUACAACUACAACCCGUGCCUCUACCACCAAGACUACUCUUGCCAUGACAACUAAAGCAAUUGCAAAGACUACUCCAGUUACAGUGAUUAACCUGACCAGGGCCCCACCAGUCACCACACCCCGCAUCAGCCCUCCAGCAAGACAGUACCUGUGUAAUGUCACCAAGCCAGAGAUGUACCUUGUCAGAAUAGUAAGCUCUAAAGGUUCUUCAGCAAGUUUCAGUCCUGUCAGAGAGCUGCUAAAGAGGGAGUUCAACUGCUCAGUUGAGCUACAGUUUCUGAGAACUCCAUCAAGUUUUGCUUUCCGUGUUGUCUCCGGACCUUUGAUCUAUACUGCUAUGUCUGUGAUCAAUGCUCUUCGACAAACAGGACGCACUUUUGGCCCAAUCCCCACAGUCUCAACUCUCUACACUGUACCAGACCUUGUAUAUCAGAUCCACACCAUUCUGCAGUUUGUGCCCUCACACAUAGAUGUGAGAGUAUGUAAUUUCAGUGAGCGAGUUGAAAAGGGCUUACUUAUGGCCUACGCUGAGAGUCGCCGACGUGCUCAUGAGAACAGCAACAUUAGUGUUCAGCUGUUAAACAUCACGUAUGGCUUGACAAGACCUGAGAAGCAAGAGAAGGCUCCUGUGGACAUUACUUUUGCAGUAAAAGAUGGGCGGGGCUACCUGACCGGGUCAGAGGUCAGCGAACACCUGAGGAAACUCAGCCAUGUUGAAUUCAGCUUCUACGUUGGAUAUCCUGCUCUACAGAUUGCAGAGCCCUUUCAUUACCCAGAGCUUAACACAUCUCACCAUCUGCGCUCCACAUGGGUUCGCACAGUCUUGUUGGGUGUUCAGGAUCAGCAGGUUGCUGAGAGAAGUUUUAAAGCUCGAUUGGAAAGACGUUUGGCUCUUCUGUUGGAGGAAGGUCUGAUUGGAGUCAGCAGAAGACGCUGGAAGAGAGCCACAGCUGUUGGCAACAACAGUCUUCAAGUGGUGAGGGUGGCAAAGCUGUCCGGGGCAGAGCGCCCUCUGGAGGUCUUGUAUUUUGUGGAGGGCCCUGGUGGUGAACGUAUACCUGCCGAGGUCACUGCUGCCACUCUGAACCGUCUGGAUCUGCAGAGAGCAGCUAUUGUACUUGGACACCGAGUUCAGAGGCCUUUGGCUCAAUCUGUGGAGACACUGACAUUGCCUCCUGCAGAGACUCAGGCCAGUAGCAUCUGGCUCAUUGUUGGUGUGGUGGUCCCUGUCCUGCUGGCAAUCUUUAUCAUCAUUAUUUUGUACUGGAAACUGUGUGGUUCAGAUAAGCUGGAGUUUCAACCAGAUGCUAUCAACACUAUUCAGCAGAGGCAAAAGCUUCAGGCUCCCAGUGUGAAAGGUUUCGACUUUGCCAAACUACAUCUCGGCCAGCACAGUAAAGAUGACAUCAUGGUGAUUCAAGAGCCCGGACCUCUGCCUGCUCCUGUGAAGGAGGCCGCCGCCUCAGAUGGAGGAGAUCUCAAUACUCCAAAAUCAAAAGGGUCAUCCACUAAAGCUGUAAGGUCCAGCCGACGCAGGGGCAGAAUGAGCCCAUCAGAUGGUGACUCACUUGGCAGUGAUCAGUCUAGUGGGAGAGAGUCAGCAGAGGAGAGUACUCGUCCUGUAGCAACUCCUGUUGAGGGCAAACAGCAAAGGAAGCCCAAAAAUGCUGCUACGUCAGGCAGUGGUCAAGACGAGCUGCUCUCCUCCUCAUCCAUCUUUGACCAUGUUGACCGUGUGUCAAAAGGUUCCUCUGACUGUACACGUCGCCCGGCCAACAAGGUACAGUUAAUUGCCAUGCAGCCACGGCCAAGCCCAUCAUCUCAGCGCACACCUCCACAGCAAAGUCCGACUCAUGCAGAAAAGGUGGCACUCAGGCACAAGUCAGAGAUAGAGCAUCAUAGGAACAAGCUGAGGCAGCGAGCUAAGAGAAGGGGUCAGUGUGAGUUCCCCUCCAUGGAUGACAUUAUGGAUGCAUUUGGGGAUGGUCCUGUGCAGAGUGAGGCAGCUCAACGUCUGUACAGCUCAGCUCAUGAUCACAUGGACUGCAUCCUACAGACUGACACUCCAUCACCCCCAACACCCACUGACUCCAAGAAAAGAGGGAGACGUUCUCCUAGAGGUCGUCACCCUCAACAAGGUCCCGGAAGUCUUCCUGACACAGACAGAGACCGACUGCUCAUGGAUCAUGGAAGUGCCACUUACAGAAAAUACCCAGGAUUGAACAAUGUGGCAUACAUGUCAGACCCAGAUAUACCCCCGGACCAUGGCAGUCCCUCUCCCACUGAUGAGGUGUUUGAUUCUGCCCCUCCGCCGCCCCCCUAUAUGCCCCCUCAGCCUUCUAUUGAAGAGGCUCGUCAGCAGAUGCACUCUCUUCUUGAUGAUGCUUUCGCCCUGGUCUCUCCAUCGUCGCAGGGUAGCGCCGGGGUAAGCGGGAUAAGCCCUGCUCUGCCUAGCCCCUCUCCCCAGGCCCGCCGGCCAGGCAGGCAAUGGGGCUCUUACCCAGCCGCCCCCACUCACAGCCCUUUCUCAGCAAGAUAUGCAGAGCUGGGGAUGUCACCAACUUCAGUCCAGGGUCUGCUGCAGAGGCAAGGUUUGAGCUCAGGGUAUGUUUCAAGUGGAGACCAACUACCUGAAGUCUAUUUAAGUAGGGGGCAAUAUGAUGACCUUCCCUCCUCCUCCAGACCACGACCUGUAGGGGGCAGUACAGGUGCACAGCUCCACCACCUGACACAAGUGGGCAUUUCCAGUCAGAUUGGUGCUUAUCCCGGGGUUGGACGCAGUAUGUCAGGCCCCACCGGCUCUAGUUGGAACCAACAGCACUCAGACCAGGACCUGUCCAGACCGGGAGCAAGUCGAGAAAGUGUGCUUUCGUUUCCUGAGUUUUCUUCUUCAUCCGUUUUCCAGAUGCCCAGUUCAUCAUUGCGAGAUUCUCAAGCUCCACCUCUUCUUUUGACUUCACCAACUCCUGAAUACCCCCCAGACGAUGCAUCUCCCUCAGCACACACCUCAGCCUCUCUUAUAAAGGCGAUCAGGGAGGAGCUGCGUCGCUUGGCACAGAAACAGACAGCAGUAACCAGCUACCCCUAAAAAACUCAUUUGGAAUAAAUAUUCAAUCUGUUUUUGAUUUUUCACCUUUCUAAAGGAUGGAUUUUAAACGCUGGAACAUCUCAAUUUACUCUGAAGACUGUGCCAAUAAGACUAAAUAAACCUCCGUGAUUUACAGGGUCUCAUUGAGCCACCCAUUAUUCAUAUCAAUGUCUCAUUGAACACUGUUUCCUGAUUCCACCAAGUGCUUCCUGGAGUGGGCUGUCCAUUCUCUAAAAUAGGCAGUACCACUCCUAAAUUCCUAAAGUGGAUCAUACCUCUGUUUUUGUCUAAACUGGAUAUGUUCUUUUUCCAAUGGAGUAGAUGAUCCAUCAUCGUAGUCACACAAUUGUCUGAUGCAGUUUCUCAUACAGGGGUUUUGGUACCACUGGGUGUAUGCAAGCUUUAUGUGGUGGUACAGUAGAUGUUUGUUGUGAAAGCUUUGAGAAUCACAUCUAAGACAUCCUCAAAAGACCAGAAUGUCACACCUUUUUCUGUUGUUUGGGGCUGAAGUGUGCACUACGUUUCGGGUUUCCUUGUGCUCUACAGUUGAUCCCCUUUACUUUUUGUGGUGCUACCGUCAGCCUCUUGCAGCCCUCUCAUUACCAUGCAUUGCCUUCCACACUCACCUCAGCCAAGGAGAUAAUUUCUCUGCCCAUUAAUACAUGAGGUAUUUGCACUGUCGAUAGCUGGAGGUGGCAUACAGUUCUCGUGGCAUGGUGACUAAAAAUCUAUUAAAAAUAUUUAUAAAAAAUAUCUAUAUAGUAAUUAAUGUAAAUUGAUAGAAACCCUAUGAGCACAAUAUCAAUGUAAUUAUCAAAGUAUUGAGAUGUAACCUAUUUUUAUUGCUGGUAGAGUCUAUGAAAGUCUAUGUUAUUAUUUCAUUGUUUAUUUUGAUCAAAAAAGACCAAGCUACUGUUAUAUGGCUGUACUCCUCUAGUAAUUAAGUUGUCUGUGGUAUUUGAGCUGAAGUUAUUGCUUGAUAGCUGCUUGCUUGUGUGGUCAUUUGUUGGUGCCAAUAACAAAAAAUACUGCUAUAUUGAUUUAUGCAUUACAUAAAGAAUCCAAGCAAUUAUUCAUCAUUUUGUACUCAACCUUAUACAGUGAGUCUGUCAAGUUAAGAUUGUAACUAUAGAUAAGUUGUUUGGUCAGGAAAUGGAAAAAAAGAAAAUUAAAUAAUAUUAGCUAUUAUAUAUGUCCAAUUACCAUAUUAAGCCUUAUGUAAAAGGAAGGGAAGGGUGUGGCCCUUUAAUAUGACCAAAUUACUAAUUACAGCUCAUUAUUACUGCUUUACUAUGAAUAGAAAGUUCAAAAAAUGUCUUGGUACUGUUUGGUAAAGGCCUAUGUUCCCUUUGGAAGGUGUUAGAGAGCAAUGGGAGGGUUUUUAUCAUGUUUUUAUCUGCUUUUUAUCAUGUUCAACUAGUUUGAACGUUAGCUAUUUGUGAUGUACCUGUUAAUGUCAAGCAUGCUGCUAAAAGAACAAGACAUUUUUGAAAAUUAGAAGGUGUUUCACAUCACAUGGAGAAAAUACAGUGCAAUUCUCAUUCUCUAUUAAACUGACAUUUUUGCUUUUUCUAAAUUAUUACAAAUAAAUACAAUAAAAGGUGUCUAAAUAUUGUGUUGAAUAGAGACUAUUAUAUAGACUUUUUGUGACUCAGAAUGGAUUAAGUGAUCUGCAGAGCAGCAGUGGCAACACAUCCUUUAUCAUUCACCAGCUGCUGGAGCUUUUCAAGUGGGACCUGACCCCCGUCACUUAACCCAAAGGACCUGCCAAUACCCACACACUCACACGGUGCUAUUCAACAACUCGAGGUGUGUCGGAGCUUGGCUAAUUUCACAAUAAAUACCACUGUCCUGCUAAAACUUAUCCUCCUGUUUAGCUCUGAAUUCAGUUUAGCCAGCUAACCAAACUG